GAAGGGACGGGCGGUGAAAGCAGGAGCUGCCCAUGAACCGCCGUGGAGGAGGAGAGGGGAGAGACGGAGCGGAUGCAUCGGCAGGAGCGGAGCUGAGCUUUUUUUAUUCUCCUCCUCUCUUCUUUCCUCUCCUUCCCGUCGUCCCAUCGCCUCUUUUGUCAUGUCGCCACAGAUAACGAACGUGGCCACGGACCUCCGGCGUCUCUGCGCGAGCCUCGCAGUCCCAGCCCACUGAGCCGGAUCCCCGCGUGGAGGAGCUGGAUGCGCGGAAGGCUAACGGCGGGCUAAACGGGGGGGGGGGGGGGGGGGGGGGGGCUGCAAGGCUCCGUGGCAGCGGCGAGAGGAGGAGAAAAAAAGAGGAGGGGCUGUGGUGAGCUGGUGGGCUUCCUCUGCCUCGCAGACACAUUUUAUUGACUUGCUAAUUGGAUGAGGCACUCGGAGGAGAGGAUGCGGUGACCGAGAGGAGCUGCUCUCCGGAGGAGGGAUACUGAUACGGGGGACGCGCCGCUCACACUGCGCACAUCCAGCUACUUUCUUCCCUCCUUCGGUCUUCCUGGGGACGCGACAACAGAUGUUUUUCUGCAUCUCCCAGUGACCCUCGCACCGUGCACGCAGAGCCGGACGCAUGACAUUGUCGAACGGAGGCUUCGGCUGCCAGACGCUUCGUGACAAGUGAAGAAUUUCCAUUUUGGUGUAUUUUUUUCUCUCUCUCUCUCUCCCUGCUCCUCUUUUAACCUGUUUGUCUCGCGGAGCCGUCAGCCGCAGGUCUAUUUUGUCCGCCGCCUUUGAUGUGCCUUUUGGAUACGAAUGCUAAUCUGAUAAAUCAAAUGCACCGGGAGCUGUGCGGUGGAUGUUGUGUGGCAGAAAUGAAGGUGCUGAAGAGGAGGCAGUAGUGUGAUACCAGCCGUUCUCAGCGAACCGAGGUUUUGCCGUCUCGUCCUGGUUGCCAUGACCGAGUCCGGCUAGGUCAGAGAGCAGGUGCCGCUGUGCCGAGGUCUGCUGUCCCCAUGAGCAAGGCAGGCAACCCACAGAAACGCACCACCUACCUCAUCUCCCUCACUCUGGUGAAGGUUGAGGCUGUGCCAGAGGAUGAGGCGGGGAGUCAGAUAGAGGCUCCUCCAGAGGGGGAAGGGAGCCCUAAUAGACAGGAGGAGCGGGAGGACGUGAGCCAUGGCCCUGAAAGGGCGGAAACGCCGCCGUGCGUGGAUGUGGGGGAAGGAGAAAUCGCACAGGUGGUGGAGGAGGAGGAGGAGGUGGAACAGGUGCAGGUCAAAUACGGCAGCCCCAGCGAGAGCCGGGCCAAGCCUGAGUGGAGGGAGCCCCCGCUGCCUGCGUCGCUCGGCAAAAGCAAAGACGCUGGUUUCGCUCACCAGCCCGUCCGGCAGCUCAUCAAAGUGUGCGCCGGGUCCACGUCCGAGGGCACUCUGCUCAGAGAGGGGCCCCGCUCCGAGGCCAUGCGGCCCAGGACGGAGCUCUACCGGGAGCCGCCCGUGCUGUUCCUGAAGGGCGAGAACGGAUCGGACCUGGGCGGCCGCUCGCGCUGCAGCCUCCCCUUCUCCGUCCCGCCGCAGGUCAGCCCCCGUCCCGAGGUGGUGCUGAGGUCGCACGCGGGCGGCAACGCCACGUGCUGGAGGGAGCUCAGAGAGGCCAACGCGGGUCUGUAUCACUCUGCUAAGACUCUGGACCGCCGCGAGCAGUCGCCCUUGGUGGCCGGCGCCGCCCUGGGCCCGUACAGGGCGUCCUGGGCCGACAGCGACGGCCGGGGCACGCUCAUCCGCCCCGGGGCGCCCGGCAGCGGGGGCUUCUCCGGCAUCAUGGCCAGGGACGGCUCCCAGGGCGAGGCGUUCAAGGCCGGCGCCGCCCCCGCGCCCCCCGCCGGCGCCGCCGACGGCUCCCGGCCUCAGAGGAAGGUGACGAGUCGCACCUUGGACAACAGCGACCUGCACUCGCCGUCUGACGACCCGCGGAGGGGGAAGGAGGGCCAGGCCGGAACCGUGCAGCGGGCCGCCCCUCGGGACCGCAAGAUGCUCAAGUUCAUUAGUGGGAUCUUCACCAAGAGCGCGGCGGCGCCGCCCAGCGUCAGCACCGCGUCCUCGCUCUACCCGGCGCUGGAGAGGGGUUCGAGUGAGGAGGAAGCUGCAUGCACCAGCAGCCAAGAAUGGACCGUGAGCCAAACGUCGCAGGAGCUGCACCUGGGCGUUUUGGGAGGUCUGUGCAGCGGCAAAUCGGCUCUCGUCCACAGGCACCUGACAGGAAGUUACCUGCCGCUGGAGAACGUUGAGGGCCGUCAGUACAUCAAGGACGUCCUGGUUGAUGGACAGACCCACCUGUUGAUAAUCAGGGAGGAAACAGAGCUGCCAGGUGCUCAGUUUGCUAGUUGGGUGGACGCGGUCAUCUUGGUCUUCAGUCUGGAGAACGAGUCCAGCUUCCAGGAGGUCUACAGGAUCUACCACCAGCUCGCCGUCCACCGGCCCGUGGCCGAGAUACCGUUCGUCGUAGUCGGCACUCAGGAUAAGAUCAGCAGCACCAACCCCAGGGUGAUCGACGACGCCCGGGCUCGGCAGCUGUGCUCGGACGUGCGGCGCUGCACCUACUACGAGACCUGCGCCACGUACGGCCUCAACGUGAACAGGGUCUUUACCGACGCUGCCCAGAAGAUCAUGACAGCCAAGAAACAAGCCGCUCUCCUGGCUUCCUGUAAAUCCCUCCCUAACUCGCCCAGUCACUCCGGAGGCUCCACCCCAGUGUCCGGAGUCUUUCCGGGACAAGCCAGCAACGGCGGCCAGAGCAGUGAUUACUCCUCGUCGCUUCCCUCCACCCCCGUGAUCAGUCACAAGGAGAUCGGGCGGGCGUCUCGAGGGGAGAAGCAGGACGGCGCCACGCCCGGGUCGGUCCGCAGCGCCGCCCGAAGACGCACCGCCCAGUUCACGGGUCGGAGAGGCAGCGACUCGAACCGAAGGAGUGCAGACUGCAAAGUGGACCUCGGCAGCGGGCGCUGUAUUCCCAUCAAACAGGGCAUCCUGCUGAAGCGCAGCGGCAACUCGCUCAACAAAGAGUGGAAGAAGAAGUACGUCACGCUGUCCAACGACGGCAUCCUGUCCUACCACACCAGCGUCAACGACUACAUGCUGAACACCCCCGGGAAGGAGAUGGACCUGCUGCGCGUGACCGUGAAGGUGCCGGGGAAGAGGCCGCCGCGCGCGGUACCGGCCGGCGGACCUCCAGCCGGGCUCAACGGCCGGGCCAAAGACGUGAGCGGACCCGAGGGCGUCGGCCCAGUCCCUGUAAGUGCCAGUAGCCUCCUGCAAGUGGAGGAAAUGGAGGAGUUCGGCGGCACACUGUUCCUGAGGAGCAACCGAGGGCCUCAGCGAGGCACGUCCACGCUCUCCAACCACGCGCAGAGCGUCGACUCGGCGUUCGAGGGGGGCUCCGGCUCCUCGUUCACCAAAGAUGUGGGAUCCGCGUCCCCGGUGGGCGACAGGAAGAAGCACCGCAGAAAGAAGAGCAUGAACCAGAAGGGAGACGCAACCAUUGGCCAGGCCGAUGCCAAGCGCAAAAUGUGGAAACUUAAAAGCUUCGGUAGCUUAAGAAACGUAAGCAAGACAGAUGAGGAUAACUUUGACUUCCUGGUGGUGUCGAGCACUGGCCAGACGUGGCACUUUGAAGCCCAGAGUGUGGAGGAGAGAGACUCCUGGGUUCAAGCCAUCGAGAGCCAGAUCCUCGCCAGCCUGCAGCUGUGUGAGAGCAGCAAAAACAAGGCUCGCAGAAACAGCCAGAGCGAAGCUGUGGCUCUGCAGGCGAUCCGGAACGCAAAGGGCAACAACUUCUGUGUCGACUGCGAUGCUCCAAACCCGACCUGGGCCAGCCUGAACCUCGGCGCUCUCAUUUGCAUCGAAUGCUCCGGGAUCCACAGGAACCUGGGCACGCACCUGUCGCGCGUGCGCUCGCUGGACCUCGACGACCUGCCGCGGGAGCUCACGCUGGUCCUCAGCGCCAUCGGCAACCACACGGUCAACAGCAUAUGGGAGGCCCGCACGCUGGGCCGCCGCAAGCCCGCGCCCGACGCCACGCGAGAGGAGCGCGAGUCGUGGAUCAGGGCCAAAUAUGAGCAGAAACUGUUUGUGGCGCCGAUGCCGCCGCCCACUCCCAGCGAGGGCCCAGACAUCACGCUGUCUGGCCGUCUCCUCUUGGCAGUGAUGGAGCGCAACCUCCCCAAGCUGCUGCUCCUGUUGGCUCACUGCACUAAGGAGGACAUCAACGCUCCCAUCAGCCUGGUGCUCUCCUCCCGCUCGCUCCUGGCGCUGCGCUUGCCCGGCUCGGCGCUGCUCGCCGCCUGUCAGCAGGGAGACGCGGUGAUGACGCAGCUCCUUGUCUGGUACGGCUGCGACGUCCGGUACCGCGACAGUCAGGGGCAGUCGGCGCUGGCUCUGGCCCGCGGCGCCGGCAGCCAGGAGUGCGUUGACAUUUUGCUGCAGUACGGCUGCCCCAACGAGCCGGCCCACUCCCUGGCCCCGGCGGUCGGCUUCGCGGCGGCCGCCACCUCCAGCUUCCCCGUUGCCAUGACGCAGAGCCUCACGGUCGCCACGACGCUCAAGAUCUCACACAAGAGCGGCGGCACCAGCCUGAGCUACAGCACCACGAGACGAGCGGUGUCGUAAUCGAACCCGUGGCGCGCGUGUGUGUGCGUGUGUGUGUGUGCUCUGCCCUUAUAAUGUCCUGUGCAUCCACCGAAACCAGCAGGGCCCAUGAACAUGUGGCCAGAUGUUGCGUUCCCGGAAGCCAGAUGAGGUUUUAGAGGGUGCGUGCGCAUGUGUGUUUUUAAGGGAUGGAAUCACUCACGCUGAUCAUCAUAGCAUCAACCAGAUGCUGUAUGUUCAGUUGGCUCCAAACGAUUUAACCAAAACGCAAGGUUUUCAGCUACACGUGACAUGACACCCAAACUCCUCCACCUUCAGAUUUAAUAGGAAUGUAUUGCACUGAAUACCAGCUGGGACGAUUUAUACUUUCUCACGGCAGCGAUCUUGAACUUUACCGUCCACCGAGUUAUAAAUGGAAAUCUGCGGCUGAAGCACCCAGAGCCCAGUAUUACAGAAGUGCAAUAAGUUCACUAUUUGAUAGAUGGAUUUCUCUAUUUUCAAGUCUUUGGCGCUUGAAAUUCCAACGUUAAACACGACCGUGCAUAGAAAUUAUAACGACCACGAAUGUUAAACACAUGAAAUCUUGUGUUCUCCUCAGCCGGUUGAUCAGUGCAUCAGAAUCUUGUUUAAGCUCAUUUAUCACAAGCUGGAAAGGCUGUUUUAAACAUAAUCAAAGCAACUGUAUAGAGAUGCAGCGAUAAAACACCACUGAUGAUAUUCUACUCGUUUCAAAGUGCUUCGUUUUCCAGAUGUUAUUGUAUGAUUUGUACAGCUGUAUAAAGAUCUAAGGGUUCCACAGAGCUGUCCAGAGAUUAACUGUGCAGCAUCUUGGUUCGGUUUUCCUUUGAUAACCACCAAAUUAACUAAGAUGUUACGUUGUUAUUACUGUGUUUGACAUUAAUAAUGUUAUGAAAGGUUAUUAUCAGGACCAGAUUUAGUUGCCAAUGAAACAACUUGGUUCUUAUUGAAUGUAUACAAAAACAGAUGAUUUAAGUUCAUUAUAAGCACUACUGUGUUUUUUUUUACAUGAUGCAGUUUUAGUAGACAGUCGGGGUGAUUUACGUUUUAAGUAACUAAUAUUAUUAAUGCUGUGAUUAAUAGAGAUAAAUAGUUUGGUUCAUUAGAUAAAAACCUGGUUCUGAGUGGUGAAACUGGGCCUUUGGAUGAUUCUAUUUACAAUGGCUAAAGACUAACAUGAAGUGAAGGAUGAAUAUUUACAGUAAAAUGCUAUCAAAGCAACUCUCCUGCAGUAUUGUAUGUACUUUUGUGUUGAUUUUGGAACCUCACUGUACAUGUCUGUGAUGUAGGCAUCUCUCUCCAUUUGUAUUUUUUUACUCAUGCAUUGAUACAUAGAGCGUUCACUAUCAAUACAUUAAGGCUCCUGCCCAAGA